GUUCUCUUCACCAUACACUUGCAAGGCACAAAACAAAUAAAAUAAAAUAAAAUAUUUCUAAGUGAGCUUCAUUAUCAAGAGCUUCAAAUGGCGGACGAGGUGAUUCUUCUCGAUUACUGGCUGAGUAUGUUCGGUAUGAGGGCAAGGAUUGCUCUGGAAGAGAAAAACAUCAAAUUCGACUACAGAGAACAAGAUCUAUUCAACAAAAGUCAGAUUCUCAUCGAGAUGAACCCGGUUCAUAAGAAAAUCCCGGUUCUCAUCCACAAUGGUAAACCGGUUUGUGAAUCUCUCAUUGUGGUCGAGUACAUCGACGAGACGUGGCCCGGUGAAAACCAACUCCUUUCUUCUGAUCCUUACCAAAGAGCUCAGGCCAAGUUUUGGGCAGAUUUUAUCGACAAAAAGGUGCCUGGUCCCACAAGGUUGAUCUGGGCAGGGAAAGGCGAGGAGCAAGAGGCAGGGAAGAAGGAGUUCAUCGAGGUGCUCAAGACGCUAGAGUCCGAGCUUGGAGACAAGACUUACUUUGGAGGCGAAACGUUCGGUUUUGUGGAUAUAGCCUUCAUUGGAUUCUGUAGCUGGUUUGAUGCAUAUGAGAAACUUGCCAACUUCAGCAUUGAAGCAGAGUGUCCAAAGCUGAUUGCUUGGGCUGACAGGUGUCUGAAAAGAGAGAGUGUGGCUAAGUCUCUUCCUGAUUCAGAGAAGAUCACCAAGUACAUUCCUGAGCUAAAGAAAAGACUUGGUAUCGAGUAGAUGUAAUAAUCUAUUUUCUGUUCUGUCUGUUUCUUUUUUACCCUUUCAGUUUAUGUCGUGUUUGUGCUCUGUUCGGAGUCAUCAUAAUAAUGUAAACAUCCACCGAUGAUUUACAGUAAGAUAAAUGCUUCAAUAGUUCAACCCAAA